AUGCCCAAAGACGACGUCAGAAGUCAGGACGUGGACGCCUCGGCAUCCUCCGCCAGGGACGAUGGCGACUCCAAGGACAAGCCCAAAAAGGUGCUGCGCGCCUGCGACGCUUGUCAUCAUCGUCGGGUGAGAUGCAAUCACAACAAUCCUUGCGACAAUUGCAUCCGACUCAACAUCAACUGCACCUGGAUCAAGGCUUCCAAGGGCAAGCAGGCUUCGGGUCGUCGCAUCGAUCUCCUCCGCAAGGGACACAAUCCGGCCGCUUCCGAGCUUCCUCCGUCGCCGCCCAACGCAAGGCCGUCUUCUCACGACAUUGCUUCUAUAACCCAGCCCAGUCCAUCGGGAUCACGCACCGUCCUGCCGCCACCAGGUCACGGACACCCAACCUCACAGUCGCCUCGACACUAUCAGCAUCCUCCUCCUCCCGGCGGCUCUUCCGCCAUGAGUCCACCAGGCUUGCCUGCCAGCGCGACGUCUCCUUCCGGUAUGAUGUCUUCCUCGAGCCUCUACUCGCGUGAUCCACCGACCAUGUCGUCCAGAAGUUCGUUCGGCGGCGGUAGCUACAGCAGGUACGACGCGAACGCGCAGGGCGGCGGAGCCGGUGCAGCCCAGCACCCGUCCCCCUCGUCCCACUGGUCCAGCCCUACUACUCGCUCGCCUGGCAACCGCUACUCGUCCCAGAGUGCCUAUCCGCCGCAGGACUAUCCACCUCCGCAUCUGCCGCACUCGUCGUCUUCGGGUCAUCAUCACCCGGCUCAUCAGUCGUACCCACAGCAAUCGCCAUCCCAAUCUUAUCCGCAUCACCAGCAGUAUCAACAGGUGCCGCCGCAUCAUGUAGCCAGCCAGCCGCCGCCGCAUUCGCAACGGCAUCCUUCCCAUGCCAGCGUGCACAGCAACAAUCCCGACACAGCAGGCAGCUCCGCCACCAAUCUCGGCUUCGUCCCUUCCGAGGCCUUUUCUCACGGUCUAGACGGCUCCUUCUCCGAGCUUGCACCUGAUGUCGCAGCGGGUUUGCGUCUGCCGGACUUUGGCACCUCGCUCGCCGAUUCUUACCUCAAUCCGGCCGAAGGCGGCGAUCGUCGACGCAAUGUGCUGUUGGACAUGAACACAGGUACCGGCCCGCAAGAGGGCUCUACCAAUGCUUCUCACGCAAUGAGCGGCACCGCAAACGAUUUUGGAAACGCCUACCAGCCCUACGGCAACGGGAGCAAUCCCGCUCGAACCUUCCUGGAUGUGCUCGGUCAGAACAGUCAGAUGCUCGCCGGUCCCGGGUCGACGCCUGGCUCUGUCAGCCAGUCCGAGACCGACUUUGCCAGCAAUGAACCUCACCCGCUCUCGGACUCGGUGCUCAUCCCGAGCAUCGCCAUCUUUUUCGAGCGUCUCCAGUCGAUCAUGCCUGUCUUUACUCGAGCCUGGAUUUUUGGCAAGAUCGACCGUGGAGAGCACCGCACCGACCCGCAGCUCGGCGCCAUGCUCAUCGCCCUCUCCGCCUUUGCCCUCUGCCAGCCCGUCGACUCGGCUGAUCCCGUCGACAGCUCCUCUCGCAAGCGCAGGAUCCGUCGGCUGCUCGAAGAGUCGGUCAAGAUGCGCAACAGCGCCCUUCUCGGCAGUCAUCCUUCGCUGGAAGCCAUCAUGGCGUCGUUUUUCAUAUUUGGCACGCUCUUCGGUCUGGGCGAGGAGAACGCUGCGUGGUUCCGUCUGCGCGAGGCAGUCACCCUCGGUCACCUCCUGCGCAUCCACGAGACGUCGUCCUACGAGCACCUCGACAAGGACGAGCAGGAGCGCAGGCUACGCGCUUACCUUCUGCUGGCCAUUACGGAGCGUGCCUACGCGAUUCAGUCGGGCUCCUCGAUUACUUUCAGGGGCAACCCGCGCAAGGCGACCGACUCGAUCCGGCGCAAGUUCGACGUCGCCCAGCUGCAAGACUUUCCCAACUUGCAGAGUCGACUGUUUGACGUGGUAGAUGAGAAGUUUGUCGACUGUUGGAACCGCAAGUGCCCCGGACCGGGUUGUGACUAUUUGGACGCAAAGCGGGCGAUCCAGCUGCACCGCGCGAUCAAGGAGAGCGACGAGGACGAGCAGAAGGAGAAAGAGUCGUUCACGCGGGAUCGCUCCUCCGGCCCCACUCGGCGCGACGGCUCCCACCACGACCGACGACACCAUCCCUAUGGCGGGCAUCAUGCCAAGACCGAGGACGCCACCACCGGCGGUGGGGGACAUGGAAGCAAGUCUGACUGGGACAAGAGCAAAGUGCAGAAAGCCGACGUCGAGGUGACGCGACAGUGGCUGCUCAAUCGAUUGUGGAUGACCUGCCGCUCGCAUGCUCUUCUCACAGCGGACGCUGAAGAGGAGCCCCUGCGCAUCGACUAUGCCAUCGACAUUGCGCGUGAGACGCUCCGCGUCUGCAACUCGCUGUCGCUCCGAUCGAUGGAGGCGCACGGCAUUGGGUUGACAAGGAAGCUCAACGACAUUGCUCAAACACUGGUCAUCGUAUGCCGUGAUUAUCCGGCGAUUGCCAUGUCCGUGCCGUUCGAAGGCGACCCAAUCAAGACCGACCCAACGCUGUUCGGACCCUACUUCGGGCCUUCCCCUCCGGACGCGUCUGCAACGGGAGGCAGCUACCAAUCACCCACGUCCAACAUGGAUACGACCAGCAUCGUGGAUCACCCCUCAGCUUCGUCGCUCGGCGGCGGCGUCCCUCUCGACAAGGCCUUCUCCCCCUCCUACGCCAUCGAAGCCAUCCUCCACAAGUACCUGGACAUCUUCAAGCGCUUCCGAGGAGGAGAUCACCCUUACCUGCCUCUGCUCGUAGAGGCCGUCAAGGAGCUGCCCAAGAUGGCCGAGCUGAGCUUUGACCGCUUCUUGCGCGAGAUGGGUCUUUUCUAA